AUGAACAAACAACGGAGGAAUCAAAUACCACUCCGGGGGAGUGGACGUAUCUUGCUGCAAUUGUAUGACCUUCUUGCGUCAUGGCGGAUGAAUAUUGAUGAUCCACGUUUGACGCCAGGGACGUUGGAUCCUUGUUGGUUUGGACAUGGUGGAAUUCAACCAUCAGACCAGCGGGUGAACAUCAUAUUGGUUUUCGAUCGGAUGCUUGGCGUUUGGGACAGGCAUGGGCCGUUUGGUCUAAUGUUUUUUAUUGCAAACGGCAUGUACCAUUCCGUUUGGGUAUACCUCCCGUCCGCGGAUGUCGUGAGUUUGCGUCGCUGGAACUGCAUGAUGUCAGAAAAGUUCGAAAGCUCCGAAAUGGAAAUCCGUUCAGAUGUAGUUGCAAAGAACAUGGAUUCCAAAAAGAAAUGGAUUCGCACCAUGCCUCGCCAGUGA